GCAUCGGCGUCGRCGGCGACGACAACAAUGUCGGCCAACACACCGAUGACGGCACUCGAGUUGUGUGAGGCCGACGACAUAGCCACCAGUCUUGUCGUUGACCAGUAUUUAGGUUUUACCACACAUAAGAUGAACACAAGAUUUCGGGCGCCAAAGAUAUCACCCAAAGAUCACAUCCGCAACGUAUUGGCCGCGUUCAAGAAGAGCCGCAUCAAUGGCCAACAGCAGACGGCUAUCGAUAAACUGAUGGCCGGCGAGUGGGCUAACAAUUUAUAUCAUAACAAAAGCGAACGAAUGAAGCGAAUCAUUAGAAAUCAUUUGACAAACUUUCUGAAAAUGUUUGAUAUAAGAGCUGGUUAUGAGAUCAGGCCGUGUCAUAGGUAUUCAAUGGAGGGUAAAACGGGAGCCAAACUGUGCGCCACACAGAAGUGGCUCAAAAAUGAAAAGAUUGAGUAUUUGAUCGGUUGUAUCGGCGAACUAACUGCCAAAGAGGAACAGGAACUACUGAAGCCGGGUGUCAACGAUUUUUCAGUAAUGUAUUCGUGCCGCAAAAAUUGUGCCCAACUAUGGCUGGGUCCGGGCGCCUACAUCAAUCACGAUUGUCGACCCAACUGUCGGUUUGUCAGUACUGGCCGUCAGACGGCUUGCGUUAAAGUUCUGCGACCGAUAGAUGUCGGCGAAGAGAUUACCUGUUUCUAUGGCGAAGAUUUUUUCGGUGACGAAAACUGUUUUUGCGAAUGCGAAACAUGCGAACGCCGGGGAACGGGAGCUUUUGCUCAACGRUUGUUGGCCAGUAGUAGUAAUAGUAGUUUAGACCGUCAACUCGUGGCCAACAACAACAACACUGCCAACAAUAGUAAUAAUAAUAAUAUAAACACUCAUGAAAUCAAUAAUAAUAAUAAUAGUAUUAGUAAUUGUCUAACAAUUAAUAGUAAUUUAAAUAAUUUGCUAACAAAUCAUAAUAAUAAUAAUAAUAAAAGACAAACGUAUUCAUUAAGAGAAACAGAUAAUCGACUUAAACGACAGGCAAGAAAACAGCAAUUGAAAAAAGAAGAAGAAAUGAGUCCCAAACACUUUUCAAUCCAUUCAAGUGAUAACAACAACAACAACAAUAAUAAUAAUAAUAACUCAAAGACAUCGUCGACGACAKCGACAACAACCGCAACAACGACGACGACAGCGACACAUAAUUUAAGAUCAAAUACAAGUAAAUCUUUAGGCGAAGAGUUGAUUCAGAAUACAUCGAUUUGCGAACAGCUUAUGGAUGAUAAUCUAAGCGAAGAUGAAAACAGUUUGACUAUUGUUACCGAACCUAAACCCAAAAGACUUAAAGUGAUGGCUAAGAAUAAUGUKAAAAAGAGAUCAAAGAAGAAAAGACAAUCAAAGAUAAAAACUACAACAACAACGUCAUCGACAUCUUCGGCGACGACAACUAUGACAUCGAUUGGUAAUAAGAAACUAACGAAUAAUAAUAAUAAUAGCAACAAAAAUAAUAGGACAACAAAUUCACAGUCAAAAUCCUCAAAUACUAAGGGAGGGAAAGGACACCACUAAACAUCAACGACUGAUAUCGCCAUCAACAACAACAAC